UAGUUGAAUUUUAUUCAUUUAGUCGAAAGCUAUUAAGUAAAACAAACUAUGAAGAAACUCGAUAUAUUUAGCGCUAUAUUUUUGUGGAUCUUGGUCUCAGCGGCAUCUGCAAGUCUCGCAAAAGAAGUCGAAUUUCCCAACAACUAUCGGGAAAUCAUUAAAUUGCGACAGUGGGCAGGAGAAUUUGUCGAUUAUUUACAGAAUGCCACAACUAAGGACUCCAACUUGAGAUUGACUAAGGAAAGUGAAGAGUGCAUGGCUGAUUUUGCAUUGGUAACCGAAGGCCUAACCUCUGGCAAAAUAUGGGCCAUGAGAAGUAAGUUUUAAGGACUCAUCAAGUCAAAUUUUUAGUGCUAAUAUCCUUACAUAUUCCCACAAACUGUGAUUGACUCUUGGGGUUCACUGCCAUCUGGAGUACUUUAUGGCAACCACAUGGAUCUGGGCAACUAUGAUGAAUGUGUGAAUAUAAACCAAGAGAUUACGUCUAGUCAACGUGUAACCGGCAAGUACUGCUUUGCGGAUGUUCCUAUUGGCAGUUUGCUGCUUGGAUCAAGUGAAUUAGAUGUGAAGACUGCCGUUUGCUUUCCCUCCUCAUGUUCGGCCGCUAAUAUGGACACAUUGCUUCGUGGCUUUCUUAAUCAACUACUUGGUCAAGAGCUUAGUGAGGACAUUCAAAUGGUCGAUGAAACAUCUUGCAGAAUAUCGGAGCAGAACUCUUUUGAUGGUCUUACCAUAUUCACCAUAGUAAUUUUAUCUGUAAUGGCUUUACUUGUUCUUCUGGCCACACUAUAUGAUUAUUUUGUGGACACCAAGGAACUGCCUGCACUUAUCGGAGUGUUCUCAGCUCGAGCUAGUACUCGUUCUCUAUUCCGACUCGGGGAAGGCAAACCAAAUCCCAAUGUCAUUGAUUGCCUUCAUGGCAUGCGCUGCAUGUCCCUCAUUUGGGUGAUCUUUUUCCAUGAGUAUAUGAUCAAUUUUAGUCUGCCCAAUCAAAAUUCCGAUUAUAUAUUGGAGUGGUAUAAAACGCUAUUUAGCUCAAUUUUUACCAAAGGCACUUUUUCGGUGGAUACUUUUUUCUUUAUCACCGGCUUGUUAUUGGUAUUUGGUGGCAUGCGCACGUUGGAGAAAUCUAAGGGAAAAGUAAAUGUGCUCAUGAUGUAUCUGCAUCGUUAUCUACGUCUCACACCAGUCGUGGCUUUUGCCAUACUAAUCUACAUGAGGAUUCUUCCCCUGCUGGGUGAUGGCCCUUUCUACACAGGAUACUUUGAAGAUUAUAAUGAAAAUUGUCAAAAGACAUGGUACAUGACUUUGUUGUAUGUGCAUAAUUAUGCCACCAAAGAUUUGUGUCUUAGCCAUACUUGGUAUCUGGCCGCUGAUAUGCAACUGUAUGUGGUUUCAGUUCCCCUGCUUAUUGCCCUCUACAAGUGGGGCAAGAAAGCAGUUAUUGGUAUAAUGGUGCUCAUUAUACUACUGGCCAUUUGUCUUUUCUGUGAAAUUGCAUUUGCACAGUAUUCAAUACAUGAUCGAACUACAUUCACAUUGGUCUACUAUGCCUCACACACUCAAGCUUCACCAUAUUUCAUUGGAUUGCUAUUUGGCUACUUAUUGCACUUUAAUCGCGGCAAGAGCUUCGAACUGCAUCGCCUUAUUAUUUGCCUGGGAUGGUUGAUUAGUUUGGGCCUGCUUUUGACCUGUGUCUUUUCUUUAAGCGCCUACGAUGGCAUUGAUAAGGUUCUCCCCUAUCUGGAGGAUGCCUUUCAUUUAACCCUUGCUCGUAUUGCCUGGCCUUUGGGUCUUUGCUGGAUUGUCUUUGCCUGUAUGCAGGGUUAUGGUGGACCUGCCAACAGCUUUCUCACCUCACCCCUAUGGCAGCCAUUAUCUAAACUCUCGUAUUGUACUUACAUCUUUCACAUGUUUUUUGUGGCACUUAAUAUGGGCAUUACACGAACCAGCACAGUUUUUAGUGAUUACAAUGUGAUGCUUCGUUUCUGGGGAGAUUUUGGUUUCUCGAUAUUGUUAUCCUAUUUGAUAUACAUUCUUGUUGAGGUUCCAUUCGGUAAUUUGGAAACCCUUUUGCUGCCCACUCGUAAAACUGCCAAAGUGGAAGGCCCAAGACAGAAUUAACUAAGCUCGCUUGACGAUUGUCAAUUGAUUACAACUAACCAGGCCCCCAAACUGCUUCUAAAUGUAUAUUUUCCCACCUGAUACCUUAUCGAAUUUAUGGGUAUUCUAAAAUAUAAUCUAUGGCAUGGAUGACAAACUCAUCUAAACAAUUGAACCAGACUUGGUGAUGCUUGGAACGUUGUCAUAAGGCUAUACUAAUUUCAGUUUUGC